CCGCUGGCCGCCGGUGCGGCUCUCUCCCCGCGGGCGGCGGGUUCGUCUCUCCUCUGCGGCGCCGGUUUCCUCCUCCCCUCGCCGGCGGAGGAAGGAGGCGGCUGCCGGCCCUUCCCGACCGCGCAUGCGGCAGUGCCGGGCCGGGGCAGCGCUGCCGCGAUCGGGGGCUGAAGUGUGGGUGUCCCUUCCCCCGGCCCCGUGCCCUCCUCCCCUGCGGACCCCCGGCAGUGCCCCCGCAGAUGGGGCUGGGCUGGAGCAGCGCGGAGGAGCGGCGGCCCCUCCUGCCGCCGCCACCGCAGCAGCCGCGGCCGCAGCCGCGGGGGCCGGCGGGGGGCCCGGCGGGGCGGCUGCCGCCGCUGUCGGGCCGUGUGUACGGGCGGCGGUGGCUGGUGCUGCUGCUGUUCUCGCUGCUGGGCUUCGCCCAGGGCCUGGUGUGGAACACCUGGGGCCCUAUCCAGAACUCGGCCCGCCUGGCCUUCGGUUUCAGCGGCUGGGACAUCGCCCUGCUCGUCUUCUGGGGGCCCAUCGGCUUCGCGCCCUGCUUCUUCUUCAUGUGGCUCAUGGACAAGAAGGGUCUGAGGGUAACAGUGUUACUAACAUCAUCCCUCAUGGUGUUGGGAGCUGGCCUGAGAUGUGUUCCAGUUUCAGACAUAGAAAUUAGGAAGAAGCUGAUCCACGGAGGGCAGCUGUUAAACGGCUUGGCGGGGCCCACGGUGAUGAACGCGGCUCCGUUCCUGUCCACGACGUGGUUUUCUCCGGACGAGCGCGCCACGGCCACGGCCAUCGCCUCGCUGCUCAACUCCCUGGGCUCUGCUGCUGCCUUCCUGGUGGGGCCUCUGGUGGUGCCACCUCCCAACGGCACAGCUCACCUGCUGUCACAGAGCAACACCCAGCACAUCAAGGACCGCAUCGAGGCCAUGCUCUAUGCAGAAUUUGGAAUGGUUUCCCUGAUAUUUUCUGCAGCGUUGGCCUACUUCCCCUCGCGCCCUCCAUUUCCCCCCAGUGUGGCUGCAGCGAGCCAGCGGCUCAGCUACAGGAGAAGUUUUUGCAGACUCUUAAGCAAUUUCCGAUUCUUGAUGAUUGCUUUAGCCUAUGCGAUACCACUGGGUGUUUUCUCUGGCUGGUCUGGUGUUCUGGAUUUGAUAUUAACACCCAUUCAUGUAAGCCAGGUGGAUGCAGGCUGGAUUGGAUUUUGGUCUACAGUUGGAGGUUGUGUUGUUGGCAUAGCAAUGGCAAGAUUUGCAGAUUUUAUCAGGGGCAUGCUGAAGUUCAUACUGCUGCUGCUUUUAUCUGGAGCAACAUUAGCAUCAACCUGGUUCACUCUCACCUGUCUAACUACUGUCACUCAUCUGCCUUUAACCACAGGUACACUGUACACAUCCUGCAUUUUGCUGGGUAUAUUCCUCAACAGCAGCGUACCAAUAUUCUUUGAGCUCUUUGUGGAGACAGUCUACCCUGUUCCAGAAGGAAUAAGCUGUGGAGUUGUCACCUUUUUGAGUAAUGUGUUCAUGGGAGUGCUUUUGUUUUUCCUCACAUUUUACCAUACAGAGUUUUCCUGGUUCAACUGGUGCCUGCCAGGGUCGUGUCUGCUCAGCCUGCUCCUCAUCCUGUGCUUCCGCGAGUCCUACGACAGACUCUAUCUCGACGUCGUCGUCUCCGUGUGAUCACACCGGGCUGGUGAGGGCUUGGAAGAGACUGGAAGUCGGCUUUGCAGUCUGCACAUCUGCCUGGAUUUGCACAGCUGAACAGCAGAAAAACAAAGAAAUUUCAAGACUUAAUCAUGGCUUUAUUUAGAGAGGGUGAGGGACGGGUUGUUCUUACGUUCAAGACCAUCUUGAUUUGCCAUAAAUGUGGAGCUGGAGUGGUGAUGGUGACACCAAAAUGCACAAAGAGAAUCUCUCUGCUGUCCAGGUCCCUGUGCCAGGGCUGGGGCUCUCUGUUGAGGAGGCUGUUGAUGUAGCAGUGAGGUGUAUGUUGUGUAUGUGUGUGUGUGUCUGUGUGCACCUGUGUGCUGACUCACGGUUCUACACACCUGGGUACCAGUAAUCUUCAGAGUCUUCUAUCAGAAUAAAAAUAGGGAAUAAUCUUAACAAAAGGAAAAAAAUAAGAAAAAUCUUUCCUUCAAGAGCUCUUUAAAAUCACUAGUCAUUUAUAUAUUGAAUGUCCAUUAAACAGUUAAGCUAAAAUGAUUUGGUGCUUGUACACUACAUUUACAUUCUAAUAAAGUGGGUUCUGAUAUAAGACACUGGUACACAGGGGUUUUAGCCAUACUAAAUAGCCCAAAUAAUCCUUGCAUUGUUAUUAGAGGUGUUUGUUACCACCCUGGAGCACAAGUAAACAAUAGCUGUAGCUGCCACUGAAUCUCAACCUGCACCCACAGUCAUCCCUGAAAUGCCACCAUAGUUCCAUAUCUCCUGAAUAUGGAGUAUCUGAGGUGUACUGGAGUGUCACUCUAGGUAAAGGUUGCUGUUCUAAAGGCCACCACUAUGUCACCUUUCCAUCCUCCAUCUCCAGUACUGCCUUUUUUACUGUUUGUGCCACUGAAUACUGUGGGUGUGGAUGUCUGAGUCCUGCUAGUUCUCUCCUGAUACUCUAAGGUGUGUGUGGUUUUUAGGAUUAGUUUAUGACUGAGGGUGCCUAAACAAUAUUGCUUGUAACUUGUCUUGAAAAAUUACUGUUUCCUAACAAAACACCUUCCUAGCUGAGGAGGUGCAUUGAUGGCGAAAUGACAAUGAGUUUGACAAUGAGGAGUAACUCAUGAGUUCUGGCAUAAUAUGGGAAAUUAAUGCCAGCUCUUUUUAUCAGUACUAAUCUGUGGUCGUUCUGGCCCUUACUUGAACAUAAAUAUUAAAGACACUUUGAAAAGUUUUUUAACCCAAUUUUUAAACCUGCUAAUGAUUUCUUAAUUAUAUUCUUAGAUUUCAGUUCAGCAUCAUUUAAAAUAUUUCUGUAUGUGUGUGUGUGUUCUGUGCUUUGUGUUAGGGGGGUGUGUUUGUGUGUAUGGGGGUGUGCAUAUUUAUAUCAAUGUAUACACAAAUAAAACUUAUAUAUAUAAGAGAUACAUAUAUAUAUAAGUUGUGCAAGGGUAUGUGUUUCCCUAGGUUUACCCCAGGUGAUGCUGUCUGGGGAAGGUGAUGUGCCCUUGUUUGUAACUAAGCCAGUCACUGCCGCGAGUGGGAACGCGUCGUGCGCGGUCUGCGACAGGGAUUCUGUUCAGGGGCUGAAUGAUUUCCUGUCGUGGCAGUUCUGUGGCAGGGGGUGGGUGCAUGUGUUGGAGGAGGCUUUGCAUCUCUGGAAGUUGAAUCAAGCACCCUCUGCUCCUGUGUGGGGCUCUUUGCCAAGAGGUGACACCAACAUGAUAAGCUCACUCAAAUAAACCCAGAACUACCUUUCAGACAUGGAUCUGUUCCUUCUGCCUGCUCUCCUUUUGCAGAGAGAAUACACCUCUAAGACUUAACUCAGGAGUGUAUCUGUGCAGUAAAAUAAAACAAGCUGUUCCUUGCUUUUAUGUUUUCAGAGCAAUUGAUGUACUUACUGUAGUAACUGAAAAUGGAUUUAGUUCAUUGCCUAUAUGGGCUCUAAAUGAUCUUUCCUGUCUUGAAGCAGGCUCUUUCUGGGUAGUGGAGCUAACCUGCACAGGGAAAACUAAAUCAGUCCAAUCAGAUCCACUGGCAUGAUCCCUUACUUUCAGAUGAGUGGUAUUAACUGUACAGCAUCUUUUUACUAUGUUUUAGUGCCUGGAUUAGUUUCAGUAUCCAGUAGCUGCUGCUACCUAUUGUCUUCUGAAACCAAGGAUUGCUUGCCAAGAGUCUGGAGUUGCACUGUCAUGGCAGAACUUUCAGUUCAGAUAGCUUUUCAGAGCUCUGUUUCUGCAAUUUACUGUAGCUAUAUAAAGAUUAAAUUUGCUCCGCUCAGGCACUGUCCUGAGUGACAGAGAUCUCAGAUCCUUCCACUGUCCUGACUAUGUUAAGAUGGAGAAGUAUUUUACGCAGUAUUCAUACUAUAAGCCAUUCUUCCUCUGUUCCAGAAGGCAUCAAACAAUUCAAAAUAUUUGUCAGUGCUUCCAGAUGCAGGCUCUCCAUAGUCAGGAGAAAAGAGUGAAUCUCUUGUUUUAAACCCUGUUGAUUGUUUUUCUGAGUCAGUGUGAAUGGCUCACUGUGACUCUGAUGCUUUGGUAGCUGUUUCUCUGUGUGGUGGGCUGACUGUGGGUGGACACCACGUGCCCGCCAGAGCUGCUCUGUCAUUGCCCUCCUCAGCUGGGCAGAGGAGAGAAAAUAAAAUGGAAAGCUCAUAAGUUGAGGUAAGAACAUGGAGAAAUCACUCACCAGUUACCAUCAUGGGCAAGACAGACUCAACUUGGGGAAACUAGUUUAAUUUGCUAGCAAUCAUGUCACAGUAGGGUAAUGAGAAAUAAAACCUAAUCUUGAAGACACCUUCCCCCAAUCUCUCCCUUCUUUCCAGGCUUAACUUUACUUGUGGUUUUCUCUCCCUCCUCCUCCCAGCAGCACAGGGGGACAGGGAAUGGGGGCUGUGGUCAGACCAUGUCUCAUCCCCUGAGGACACCUCACAUUCUUCCCCUGCUCCAGCAUGGAGUGCUUCCCAGGGGAGACAAUCCUCCACGAUUUCACCGGUGCGGGCACAGAGCUUCGGGAACAAACCUGCUCCAGCCUGGGCUUCUCUCUCCAGCGUGCCUCAGGUCAUGCCAGGAGUCAUCUCCAGCAGGUUUCCCACAGGUCUACAGCCUCCUUUGGGCAUCCAGCUGCACGGCAUGGGGUUCUCCACAGGCUGCAGGUGGAUCUUUGCUCCCCAUGGGCUGCCUCACCAUGGUCUGCAUCACAGGCUGCAGGGGAAUCUCUGGAUUCAGCUCCUCCCUCUCCCCCUGCUCUGACCCGGGUACCUGUAGAGCUACUCCUCCCUGUGGCUGCAAUGGCUGCUGUGCCAUAGCUUCCCUUCUUACUCUGUUAUCCCAGAGGUGUUUUCACCAUGGCUGAUGGGUUCAGCCUUGGCCUCUGCUCCAUUUGGAGCCUGGCUGGUGUUGGCUGUGUCACUCACGGGGAAGCUCCCAGCUGCUUCUCACGGCCCCCCCUGCAGCCCCUCGCUCCCAGAGCCUUGCCAUGCAGAGCCCAGGCCCUGUGUAUGCCUGGCACUGCAGCCUGGGCUGAGUUACAGCCAUCAGUGCCUCUGCUCCACGGCAGGGACCUUCUCCAGGGCUGGGCAGCUCAGCCAGACCCCGCUGGAAACCUGCGCCGGAGUCAGGGCUCAACCUGAGCUCCCAGCAACUCUGAUGGAAAUCUGCCCAAGUGAAAGUCAAAGGAUUGCUCCCAAAUUACUUCAGGUUGUGCAGGACACGGCUGCAUUCCUCACACAGAGUUCAGGCUUAGGAUUUUUAAUAGAUUAACAAGUCUGGCUCAGGAUGGAUGUGAGGAUUUUAAAUGUGCUUGCUGAGAUCUCUGGAAAACAUUUUAUUUCCUUCUGUGGAGGAGCAGUCCAUUUCAUUUCAGUAACACAACUUAACCCAUAGUAAUAUUUUUUGGAUAAACUUUAUCACUUGGUUCAUCCUUGUUUGGAUUUAGCAAGAGUCCAAGCUGCCAGGCUGCCUGCACUUUGUUGGAAGUUUGAGUUUGAAGUGCAGGGAAAGCCCUUAGCAGUACAGAUGCAAUUAGCAGCAGUGCAGAAUAGGCUCAAUACAGUUAAUGUUUUUCUUAAUAAUGAAAGUUUGAAGUCUCUCUAACUUGAACCAGUCACAGCAUUGGCUGCUGCAUGGCCUGUGACUUGCCAGCAGAGGAAGGCGCCCUGAGAAGCCCCAGAAUUUCUUUCUCUUGGUGAUCUGUAGCUUCACAGCCCUGAAGAACGUCUUCCCCAGCAGUGCCAAGCCCCUUAACACACAGGUAGUUGUGUUGUGGUUUGUACAGGAAAUGCUGGGAAGGAUGUUCCAUAGUGACUGUUCUCUCCUAAUGGUUCAUUUUAAACAUGGGCUGCUCUUCAGGUUUGUUUGGCUCAGUGACACCUUUAGUUCAGCUUCCAGUACUGCUGGCUCUCCUCCUGAGCUGUGGAGCUGUGCAAGCUCCCAUGCUGCUCAUGGGGAGGCUCAGGAUUACAAAAUGCUGGCUCCACUUACAGCACUGGUUCCUGUCUUUGGUCACUGCUGUUACCCAUUAACUUCCUCUGGAGUCCUUUGCCCUCCCUUGGGGCUGCCUGCUCCCCUGAGCUGGAGGUGUGGAGAAGAGCUUCCUUCCUUCCAGAGCAAUUUUACAGGGAAGGGUUGGCUGCCUGUGUACUUAAUGUACAUAAGAAUAGGGUUUUUUAGAAAAUCAUGCCAGUUGGAAUAAAGUGCAGACCCCAAAGAUUCUGCACAUAUUGUGAACAGAUAAUCUGUUACAAGCAGACUGUAAUUUACCUGAAAGCUAUGAUUUUAGCUCCCACUCCUGGAGAGGCCAAGCAGAUGGGCACUGUGUGUGUCAGGUAUUCAGGCUCACAGCAUCAGUUAUUCCCAACCAUCUGACAGAGCUGAAAGGAGUGGGAGUGGAACAACUUGAAUCUUAGAGUGGGUUGGAAAAUCCCAAACUCUCAGUGUUUGUAGUGGUAACUUGGGGAGAGCAACAGAUUGGAUUGAGUAACAAGAAGUGCCCAGUUCCAGGGGGCAUUUCAGCCCAAAAUUUCAGUAUUUCAAAAUAUUGCAUUGGACUGAUCAAGUCCAUAUAAAGUUUGAAAUUUUGUGGUGACAGAAAUGUUAUUGCUGGGUUCUUGUUCUACAGUAAACUGAGCAAGUGACUGUGGCCUUGCACUGCAACAUAAAGAAGCUGCAUUGAUUGAUGUGCAUGUAUUGGCUGUAACAAGAAAAGGAAAUGUGAUUUAAUUGUCAGGAGUGACUGAAAUAUGAAUGGGAAUUACACAGUUUGCACUGUGGAUAUAACUGCUCUGUACUGGUGUGACAGCAGGGCUCUAAUUGUUCAUUUUUGCUGUUGGGUCACUUGCAAAUUAGUAAGUAUCUCUGACAAAGGGAUUUUUAUGUUUCAUUGGUUUUGAGGAGGUUCCUUUUAUACUAAGUAUGGACCAUUGUAAUAACUUGGCAAGACAGCUGCUACAGCGGUGUGGAAACCUACCCCAGUUCUGGGUAUUGAUUUGGUAUUUGAUGAUGGUGCUGCUGUUCUCAGGGUUGUUAAAGCAUGGGAAGAGCAGGGAUGUGGAGUGUGCCAGGACGUUGCUGUGUGUGUGAAUGCACACUUACGUGAGGGCAGAUGCCAACCUUGCCAAAACAUACAAGAACUUGUCACCUUCCGUGGGUCCCAGCAUUCCAGCUGUGGGGGGAGAAGAGGGAAAUGCUGCCUUGUGGCUGCUGCCUCCUUUCCAACAAAGAGACAGCCAGGCAGCCUCCAGGUUUGCUGCUUCACGUGAGGGGAUCAUAACCAUCAAUGCAGACUCCACUCACUUCCCUGCAGCCGUGACUGCUGCGAGGUGGGUUGUGGGUGGCACAGCAAUAUCUGCCUUGCUUCCUCCAGGACUGUCACUUCAGCUGGCAGAGAAUUGCCUCAGGGCAGGCACAGCCCCAGUGAAGUCAGGAGAUGUCAAUCUGCUUACAAUUUUUGCAGUUUGUGUUUCAGGACAGAUGAAGCUAAUAAAUAGAGGAAGAAAUGUAAUUCUGUCCAAAGUUUUGACAAGCAAAAGCAAAUAUUUGCACAGAUGUGCUGGCUCCUGCCAAUUACUUGGGAUUGCAAAGUUUUUGGAUCAAUUCAUGCCCCCCACAGCCCCAGCACUGGUUCUUCACUGCUCAGCCCCAGCAGCACCGUGGGAAGCUUCAAGCCCUGGUGGAGAGCAGGGACUGCAACACAGAGGGAGAAGGGAAGUGCUGAGCCAGCAUGCCCAGGAGGGGGGAUGUUGGGCACCUGGGUUAAUUGCACAGAAGGGGUGUCUACUUCAGCCCAGUUGCUUCAGAACCUCAUUUUUUCCUUCCUCAAGGAUGAGUUUUCAACCUUCAUUUUCUGUUUGUGGCGGGAUUUGUGCCGCAGGGACAGGGACAGUGACGGUGGUGGCACUCGAUGUAGAGGCGCUGGUUUUCCAGGGUGCAGCAGGGAAGGCAGGUGGGACUUGCUCUCUGCAAUAAAAGCUUUUCUCUGCACGGUCUCCCUUCCCACUGUUCUCCCUUCCUUCAUGUGAUUUAUCUGCUUAUUGCAUCUGGACAGACUCACUGCACUCACUUUGUAUUGCUACAUGAAGACAAUACCACCAGCAAAACCUAUUUUCUUUAUGGGAAGAUCUUCCCUUCAGGCUGAUGCCACUUCUCCAACCUUAGUCCACAUGUUUGUCAAAGCCACAACAACCCCAAGCCCGUGUUUUCCUUCACAGAGAGGAUGUGCAGGUUUGUGUGGGGCUUGGGGAAAGGCUCCUUGGGGCUUGGGGUACUCACCCAUGCCAGGGGAGGGGGAUGCUCCAUGUCCCUCCCCAGCAGGGACACCCUGAAUGUGCAAUAUAAACUUGAGUUGUGCUCCCUGCCCCCUCCCUGCCCACAGCUUUUCGGUGUGCCCUGACCUAUCUGCUGUCACCUGGGCUGAGCCAGCCCAGCAGAGCUGCAGGGUGUCCCCACAGGCAGCCUGCCAUCAGCUCUUGCUCCCAUGGGACAACGAUGCAUUUUCCAGACAUAUUUCUUUUCUCUGCCUGUGAUAUUUGCUAGAUUAAAAUCUCUUUUUCCCCUACCACAUUUAAUGUCUUCCACUGUGCAUUUUAGAAAGAAGUACUUGAUAAGGUCAUAAAAACAGCUUUUAAUUAUGGGACACACCUAACAGUUGGGGUUUUUUGAACUGCAUGAACAU